UAAACAUAGAAUUAUUACCGACCAAACCAAAAGAAACCAGAGGGAAAUAACCAAGGAAACCGUGCAAACGAAGAAGAAGAACCAGAAACAGAGAAGAAAUAGAAGGCGAGUGAACAAAGCAGUAGAAAAAUGGCAGAUAAAUUGGCACCAGAAAAACGUCACAUAUUCCUCCACAACGGUGAAAAGGUGUUCGAGUGGGAUCAAACCCUAGACGAGGUCAAUAUUUACAUCAAUCUUCCUCCCAAUGUUCAUUCCAAACAAUUCUAUUGUAAGAUUCAGUCCAAACACAUUGAACUUGGCAUCAAAGGCAAUCCUCCCUUUCUCAACCAUGAUCUUACUUCCCCGGUGAAGACAGAUUCUUCUUUCUGGACUUUAGAGGAUGACAUAAUGCAUAUAACUUUGAAUAAGAGAGAUAAGGGUCAAACAUGGGCUUCUCCCAUAUUAGGUCAGGGUCAGUUGGAUGCUUACUCUACUGAUUUAGAACAGAAGCGCCUCAUGCUUCAGAGGUUUCAAGAGGAGAACCCGGGUUUUGAUUUUUCACAAGCUCAAUUUUCUGGAAACUGUCCUGAUCCAAGGACCUUCAUGGGUGGAAUCAGAUCAGAUUGAUCUUUGCCAUAGGAGUAUCUAUUUGCCUGCUGUAAGGUGAUAAUCAGAUAGUAAUAAUCUGUGUAAUCACUUUUGUCUCCUCCUUGCUUGAUGCCAUUUAAUUAAGGCAAUCUUAACACACACUAAUGAAUAACUGACUUUUGGCAUUAUGUUCAUCUUUUGGCUGCCCCUUGGCUUUUAAAGUUAAAUAUGUAUAUACAAAAUGAAGUCUUUUAGUAAGACAUCAUCGUUCUAGUAUGAUAUAAUAACUAUUUUCAUUUGAAGUCUCA